AUGUCUAUUAAUGAACAAGAAUCUAUCGCGAUAUCUUACAAACCCUUGGAGGAAAUAGGUUAUCCCUAUCCUACUUUUGAAGAUCCAGCAACAUUAUAUGAAAAAGUUGGUCAAGUUGGGGAAGGAACUUAUGGAAAGGUAUACAAGGCACGAAAUUGUAAGACUGGACAAUUGAUGGCAUUAAAACGAAUAAGAAUGAAAACUGAAAAAGAAGGAUUUCCAAUUACAGCGAUGCGGGAGAUCAAAUUAUUACAAAAGUUGAAGCAUGAACGUAUCGUUCGAUUACAAGAAAUUCUGGUUUCCAAAGGAUCAGUAUAUAUGGUACUGGAAUAUAUGGAUCAUGAUUUAUCUGGAAUAUUAGGUCAUCCUGAAUUUAGAUUUGAACCUGCUCAUACCAAGUCAUUGACAAAACAGAUAUUACAAGGAUUAGCCUAUCUUCAUCAAAUGGGUAUUCUUCAUCGUGAUAUGAAAGGAUCCAAUUUACUUGUAAAUAAUAAAGGUGAAUUGAAAAUUGCAGAUUUUGGACUAGCAAGAAUAUUUCAGAAGAAUCGAGCUGGAGAUUAUACCAAUCGCGUCAUCACUCUUUGGUACCGACCUCCUGAAUUAUUACUUGGGGCAACAUCAUAUGAUACUUCAGUAGAUAUCUGGGGAGUAGGAUGUAUCAUGAUGGAGUUUUUUAUCGGAAAACCAAUCUUCAACGGUACAGACGAAAUCUCUCAAUUAGAUACUAUUUAUCAAGUCAUGGGAACUCCAACAAAAGAUAUUUGGCCAUCCAUUGAGGAAUUACCUUGGUAUGAACUGGUACGACCAAAGGAACAUUAUGAAAAUGUAUUUCGUGAUACAUACAAAAAUACACUCACACCUGGAGCUUUAAUAUUAGCUGAAGCCCUUUUAUCUAUGGAUCCAAAGAAUAGACCUACAGCUGCAGAGGCAUUGGAAUUUGAUUAUUUUAAAACGGAAGAACCUGAAGCUCUUUUACCAGCAAAUUUAUUGAAUAUAGCUGACGAUUGGCAUGAUUUUGAAUCAAAACAGCGUAGACGGUUGCAAGCUAUUUGA